AUGGCCUCUGAGAAAGUUCACAACUUCUCUCCACCCCACUUUUCCCCCAUUCUCAAAAGGGAAAAUGGUCCUCCAAAUAUACACUCCAGAUGUGCCCUUCAAAACAACACCAAAUGCACACAACAAAAGACAGCCAACACAGCUGAAACCUCUCUCACCACACAGUUCACAAUGCACACAUACUUGGCUUGUAUCUACAGUGUCCAUAAAGCAAUGAAAGAAGAGGAACGGGGUAGAAGCUAG